AAAAUUCAAAGGACCCCGACAGAAUGGACGACGGCGACGACUGGGAUAUGACCUCCAAUGCCGCGGUGGACGAAGACUUGGUUGGCAAUCCCUUCGUCAUAUGUGACGCUUACGACUUCAUGAUGUUCCCCGUGUCUCCCAUGUCAAAACAAGGGCAGAAGAACCUUAGGCAGGCCCAGCGAUCGAUUCAACACGAGCACGACAAGAAAAAGAAUCGGCGGCGAACGCUGGAGAUAUUCCAGGAACAGUUCGACAACAAGCACGAGUUUGAGUCAGGGAUGUCGCUUCUCGCCAAUGACGAAGACGAUGAGGAGCUGAUGAAACAAACGUCAUCCGCGAAAAAGCCACGGUUGUCGAUGUUCAAGUCGUCCAUUUUCCCAACCCGGCAAUCCCCAUCUUUUAUGCGAAUGCCGCAGUUACCAGCAAGUCGACUGCUCCUCCCAACGAAGCUCCGGACACCUGCCAAAGCCGCCGCCAUUUUGAAGCGACCUCAUUUUGACAACGCGAGCAACGUUCCACCACCCAAGCGACCGCAUCUGGCGAGUGGCAUCCCCGUGCGAAAAGGGUCAACCGCUCUGAAAAGUCCAUCCAAGAGGCGGAUUCCCAUGCGCGCCGCUGCACUCUAAUGUGCAUCGUUCCUCUAUUUAUCUACGGGUAGAGGACACCACGUCGUCCCAGAAUCCCAUCGUUGCUGUAGCGGGGCUUGGUUAAGCUAGCUUUUUAACUAUCAACUGAAAUGCUAUUAACUCACUGAAAAUGAGCAAUGG